GCAUAGGGGCCUCGCUUCUGAAGCAUUCCGUGGCCAAGGGGCUUGCUCUUUCGGGCGUCGUAUUGGCGGGAUAUGGAUUCCUUUGCCGCAGCUUACAGUCGGCAAAGCAAGAACAGCCCCUGAUCCGGCGUGAAUCUUCAGCGGAGUCUCAGUCGGACACACUUUCACGAUCGACGAGGCGCAGGAAGAGAAAAGAGCACAAAGAACCGAAGAAGAGCGAGUCCGUGACCGCGGAAGAGCUGAUGAGGAUGGGAAUUUGCUACGGAGAGCAAGGCCGGCUAGGAAAAGCCAUGGGCAAGUUCCUUGAAGCUAAGGGUGCGUUUGAAGACGAACGCGCCACUGAGUGCCCAGGAUAUGCAAACCUUCUAGCACAGAUUGGCAUUUGGUAUGGAAUGCAAGCGCGAAAGAAGGAGGAAAUGGAAAAGUACACCGAGUCACAGAGAGUGUACAGGAAGAUCGGAAUCAGUGCGUCCAGAGAGUAUGCAGGGCUGCUCAAAAACAUGGGCAUCUGGUACAUGGAGCAAG